ACAGUCUACUGGUGCUUGCUGCCAAAUUACUACAUAAAUAUCUUCUGUCAUGGAAUAAUAAGGUGACAAACAUGCACGUAUACAAAUUGUAUAAGGUAGAGUGGAUCACAUUUUGUCCCAACAAUUUAGCGCUGUUAGUGGUGUACAGUCAUUCCUUUGUUAUUUUCUCGACAGAUGACACGCUGUGUACAGUAAUUAUUUCAGCUAGAGGCAAUAUUUGAUGACAACUCUGUCCCAUUCUCUAGACAACAUUCUUCUCCUUGCUAAAGAAGUUCUCCACACUGUCGUCUACAGCACAAACCCAGAAUAGCUCCGGCAGUUCGAUCCAUGUGACAGUACAUCGCGUCAUGACAUCAGAACGUUUUCUUGGCUUAGUGUUUAUGAUUCUGCUAAGCGCCUUUAGUACGGUAAACGUCUCGGCAAAGACCUGUGCAGAGGUUUGCGAUGAAUGCCUGUCGCAACUGGAAGGCGACUUGGACAUCAAUGGGACGGAAUGUACUCAAGAAUGUGAGACGAACAUCCACUUAGGCACUGAUAACAAACAGUUCAUCAGGGCACCAAUGUGGAAGAAGUGCUAUACACUACUGCACGAAUUGAGAAGCAAGCGGGGUCCUUACUUGAUACGUGACGUGCAGCCCAGGACAGGACAAUGGCAGCCCGCCAUCGCCGUCUGCUCCGUCACUGUCCUCAUCGCCUUCAUCGUCAUCGCCAUGGUAACCAUCAAGUUCUGUGUGCGGCGGGCCGUCCUCCGGACAGAAUGCAGCCUUAUUCAGCCAGCCAACCCGAAUGGCACUGUAGCCACUACUGCGCUGAUGGAAGACAUGACAGAGGAGGACACGCAAAAGGCCAAGCAGGCCGACUUACCAUGAGAAAGUCAGAAUUUCAGGACAACCCUCUGAGCUUCGAAUUCUGCUCUAAAUAUAUAAUCAUCGCACGUCGAUGUAGGUUAGACAUCCAGUUAAUAAGAUGCGCCAAAAAGUAGUUACUCAAUUGCAAGCAACUGGAUAUGGUUUUGGAAACGGUCAGACGUUUCGGAUAGAAUCCACUAUCCUUCGUCAGUGACAUAAUCAUCGCAAUCUCUAAGUGGCUAAUAUACAAGAAUAUAUACUAGUAUUCUGAGUACAUACUAAUAUUCUGAGUUUUAUAUAAAUAUACUAGGUAAUCUGUAAUAUUUUGGUAUCAGGGUAAUUAAACGGCCAGUACUAUAGAGUGAAGGAUAGCAAAGAUUUGAAAACUAUCAAACAAAGGAAUGUAAUAUUUAUCAAGCGAGUUUCGUAUAUGCAAAAUAAGACAUGCAGCUGAAUAAAGAAGGACCUUAGACGUAAAAAGGCUUUGCUGCUUUAAUGUUGAGAAGUGGUCUGUGCCUGACUGACUUUCUGUGUGUAUUACAACACCUGUUUGUCGAAUAGAUUAACUAUGUUUCAGUAUGAUGCAACUGCCAAUUAUGUGGUUGCAAAUUGUUGCAUUACAUCUUCAAGUUGAUAACUCAUAUAUGCGUCAGUAAAUUGCCUUCUGCAUCAUAUCAUAGAUCAUCUUGAAUGUACAUUCUGUACCAACGGAAAAUGCCAGGUAAACUAAAUGAGACUAAUAACUACUAGUAUUAUUACAUAAAUUAUCUCAAUGAAGAAAAGAGAGCUA